AUGUCUGAGGCAGCAAAAAAGCACGUGAUUGCCCUGAACACGGAGAAGGAGCCGGCGCGUUUGGUAAAAGGGCGGAAUGACUCCAUCUGGCUCAGAGCCGAGAGGAGACAUUUCCCUCAAAGCAAUCGUGGUUCCCUGGAGAUCAGUAGGGAAAAAGAGCCCGAGCCGGACAGUGGAAGGAGUUCCUGGAUAGAAGUUACCUGCCUUUACCAUAAGGAAAAGAGACAUUUUCCAGAAAGAAAUAACGCCAUCUUCGGAUGA